GGGUCAUCAAUGUCCAUUGCCGCCGCUCUCGGCUCCCUCUGUGCCAACUGACCACAGGGCCGGCCGGUGCCUGGUCGUUUAGUUCCCGGUCACGUGAUGGCCUCCUGACGCAUUAGGCAGAUCCAGCAGCCCAGCGGUAGCCGACAGCAGCCCAGGGGGAGCCGACAGCAGCACAAUGGCGUGUUUUUUAAAAGACCUUCCAUCCCACAAUCAGAGAAACUUUACCGGAUUCCAGUCAGAAUCUGCCUGUACAGAGAAGCGGCUGCAGGUCCACCUGCCCACCUCAGAGACCGCCUCGCGGCAGGCCAUAGUCACGGACCAGGAGCACAUACUUCUUCGCUAUCUCCGGAGGCAAGAGAGGAAAGCUGGCAAGAAAAGAAGCCAGAGCCCUACAGAACUAGGGGAGACGUCUGUGCGCCCGCCAAAGAUUGCCCGAAUUGAUAGCCAAGAAAUGAAUUAAGAGCCGCCAUUACCGCCAACGUUUUCUUAUCUGUUGUCUUGGCGAUGCCGGGCGCCCCCUGACCAGACCCCACGACCGCGUAUUUAUCAAAGCAGAAUGAGAAGUGGCGUAUAGUAACCGAGUACGAUUGCUGCUUUCAUUAGUCAGAGCAGCCGCCAUGUCACCGGUUGCUAUGGUAACUCCUCUGCUUUUGAUAAA